GCAUCUGACCCGCGCAACUCUACAUCUCGAAGAAUAAUGGAGGAAAUUGCUAUCAAGCUUGAAGCGGACGGCAUUAUUAAAAAAGACAUCUCUCCUGGAAAAGGAGAGUUUUCACCAUUCCCAGAUGGGACAAAGGUCAAGUUUCAUUUCCGCACUAGUCUUUGUGAUGGGACAGUGCUGGAUGACUCCAGGACAAUGGGAGGUCGAUGUAAACCUAUGGAGCUCAUACUGGGGAAGAAGUUCAAGCUUCCUGUGUGGGAGCAAGUGUUGACCACUAUGAGAGAGGGUGAAGUGGCUGACUUUACCUGUGAUGUCAAGCACACAGCCAUCUACCCUUCGGUUUCUUUGUCGCUACGCAACAUCAGCAAAGGAAAAGACCCACUGGAUGGACAGAGACACUGCUGUGGAAUAGCACAGGUUCACUCGCAUCAUUCUAUGGGUUACCCAGACCUGGAUAAAUUGCAGACCAAUCCCCAGCCUCUUUUUUUUACUCUUGAGUUGCUACAGAUCUUGCCCCCGGGCUCCUUCCAAAUGGAAAUAUGGGCAAUGACAGAUGAGGAGAAACUGGGAGCCAUACCGCAGAUCCAUGAGGAGGGAAAUUCACUUUUCAAGAGUGGAGACAUUGCAGCAGCUGCUGAGAAAUACUACAGUGCCAUAGCCUGCCUAAAGAAUUUACAAAUGAAGGAGCGACCGGGUGAUGAGUCAUGGAUCAAAUUUGACCACAUGAUCACUCCUCUCCUUCUCAACUACUGCCAGUGCAAAUAUCUUCAGGGCCAGUACUAUGAGAUUUUGGACCACUGCUCAUCUAUCAUCAAUAAGUAUGAUGAUAAUGUAAAGGCAUAUUUCAAACGAGGGAAGGCGCAUGCAGCGGUAUGGAAUGAGGCAGAGGCAAGAGCUGACUUUGCCAGGGUGGUUGAGUUAGACCCAACACUUGAAUCCUCAGUCACAAAGGAAGUGAGAGCAAUGGAAGAGCGCAUCCGGAAGAAAGAGAAAGAAGAGAAGGGACGCUAUAAGAACCUCUUCACCUAUAGUGGCAAAGCUUCUGCUGCCGCUACUACAGGCUAAAACCAAGCUGAACUCUCCGCAUAUUUUGAAAGAGUCCAUGGUUAAGUUGGAACAUGUGCAUAUAAAUUUGCCCCCACUAGUUUAUGUAUCUCCUACACCUUUGGUUUUCAUUUUACAGACAUGCCCUAAGCAAACUACUUCGUCAUUUUUUUAUGUUCUGCUGGUAAACUGAUAAUCAAUUUACUAGUAAGAAGUACAUUGUUAUUUACUGCAUAGCUUUGAGGAGCCUGGUCAUCCAUUUUGCCAACAAACAAUGAUGAAGAGUUAUAAAUAAGUGAACACAGACAGCAAGAGAAUAAUUCAGAAAAUGAAAACACAAGUCAAUGUUGUCAAGUUACCAAUGGGAACCGUAAAAACCAGGAUUUGGUAAAUACUGGUUAAUCACCUUAUCCCUCCAUACUUUUUGGAUAUAGUGGGCAAUGCAUUGGAGAUCAAGUGCUCUAACAAGGGUGGUUGAAAUGAAACAAAUUUGAAUUAAGACAGUCUAGAUAACAAAAUGUCUUAUCUGCAUUUCUAUCACUAUAUCCCCUUAUUUUGUGUUCUUUUGUAUUUAUUUUGUUUUUCCACAUUAUUGAUAUUACUCACUGUUAAUUAUAUUCAUUGUGUGUAUGCAACAUUUUUAAUAUUAAAAGAAAAAAAAAAAGAUAUGUAACAUGUAAUAAAAGACACAAGUUAGCACUGUGACACCACAUGUGAAAAAAUUCACUUUGCCAUCAAAACAGAAAUCAUGUACUCUCCCUUUUCUGUGUAAUUCACAAUUAUGCCUAUCUGUGUCACUACAAAUAAACACAUUUUUUUCAAAACA